CGGCUCUGUUGUCUCCGCGUCAUCACGGACUCCAACUCUCGUGUUAAAUCCACCUCUUUCUCUCUCUUCAGACACCACCACCUUUGUCUACUCCCUUCGCUCGAAUCUCACAUCGCCAAAUUUCGUUUUCGAGAUCAUCUUUUUUCCCCGAUCUAAAGAUCCCGAAAACCAAACCACAAAUCUCCAAUCAAUUCGACACCGUUUCAGACUCCGAAGAAUCAUCCUCCGUGAAUUUAGCGAAAAAAUCUCCCAACGAUGGCGCCGAGUAUGAGGAAAGCAAUCGGAGCGGUUAAAGACCAAACGAGCAUCGGGAUCGCAAAGGUAGCAAGCAACAUGGCUCCAGAUCUAGAAGUAGCCAUCGUGAAAGCCACAAGCCACGACGACGAUCCUGCCAGCGAGAAAUACAUCCGCCAGAUCCUAAACCUGACUUCUCUCUCCCGCGGCUACAUCCUCGCCUGCGUUACCUCGGUUUCACGAAGACUUGGGAAAACGCGCGAUUGGGUGGUCGCUCUCAAGGCCCUGAUGCUCGUUCACCGCCUCCUCAACGAAGGAGACCCUCUUUUCCAAGAAGAGAUUCUCUACUCGACGAGAAGACGAGGUACGAGGAUGCUCAACAUGUCUGACUUCCGCGACGAGGCGCAUUCGAGCUCGUGGGAUCACUCGGCUUUUGUUAGGACUUAUGCUUGUUAUUUGGACCAGAGGCUUGAGUUAGCUUUGUUCGAGAAGAAGAGUGUUGGUGGUGGUGGGAGUAGUAGCCAUCAUAGCAAUGGUGAUGAUCGAUACGGUAGAGGAAGAGAUGACUUUCGAUCUCCCCCUCCCAGGUCUUACGAUUAUGACAAUGGUGGUGUGUCGAGGAGAUCUAGGUCUUACGGAGAUGUGACUGAGAUGGGAGGAGGAAGAAGAGAUGAGAAGAAAGCUGCUACUCCGUUACCGGAAAUGACGCCGGAGAGGAUUUUGGUGAAGAUGGGUCAUUUACAGAGGUUGCUUGAUCGGUUCUUGAACUUGAGACCUACUGGAUUAGCUAAGAACAGUAGGAUGAUAUUGAUCGCGUUGUAUCCCGUUGUGAGGGAGAGUUUUAAGACUUACGCUGAUAUCUGCGAGGUUUUAGCUGUUUUGCUUGAUAAGUUUUUCGAUAUGGAGUAUACGGAUUGUGUCAAGGCCUUUGAUGCUUACGCUAGUGCGGCUAAACAGAUUGAUGAGCUUAUUGCGUUUUAUAGUUGGUGUAAGGAAACGGGUGUGGCGAGAUCCUCUGAGUAUCCCGAAGUUCAGAGGAUCACGAGUAAGUUGUUGGAAACGUUGGAAGAGUUUGUGAGAGAUAGAGCAAAGAGAGGGGAGAGUCCUGAGAGGAAAGAGAUUGAAGCUCCUCCUCCACAGGUCGCUCAAGAAGAGGAGCCUGAACCUGAUAUGAAUGAGAUCAAAGCGUUACCUCCUCCUGAGAAUUACACUCCUCCUUCUCCCCCUGAGCCUGAGCCAGCAAAACCACAAUACACUGAUGAUUUAGUUAACUUAAGGGAAGAUGAAGUCACUGGUGAUGACCAAGGGAACAAGUUUGCGCUUGCACUAUUUGCCGGUCCACCGGGAAGUAAUGGGAAAUGGGAAGCUUUCCCUUCUGAUGGAGUGACUUCCGCUUGGCAGAAUCCUGCGGCAGAGCCAGGGAAAGCUGAUUGGGAACUGGCAUUGGUUGAAACAGCUAGCAACUUAGAGAAGCAGAAAGCCGCUUUAGGCGGUGGGUUUGAUUCGUUGCUACUCAACGGAAUGUACGAUCAGGGAGUGGUUAGACAGCACGUGAGCACUUCACAGUUAACUGGUGGAAGCGCGAGCAGCGUGGCUUUACCUUUACUGGGUAAAACCAACACCCAAGUAUUGGCCUUACCUGCACCAGAUGGAACCGUGGAGAAGGUGAACCAAGACCCGUUCGCUGCAUCACUAACCAUUCCACCACCUUCGUACGUGCAAAUGGCUGAGAUGGAGAAGAAGCAGCAUCUGUUGAGUCAAGAGCAGCAGCUAUGGCAGCAGUACCAGCGUGAAGGGAUGAGAGGUCAAGUUAGUUUGGCGAAGAUGAACACCGGUCCAGUUCCAGGGGGAAUGCCACCUGUCUACGGGAUGGGAGCCCCCCCAGCGGGGUAUUACUACAACAAUCCGUACUGAUGAUUCAUUAUUUUUUGUUAUUUUGCUUUCUCAGUGUCAUAUAUGUGUAGAUGACUCGUCUUUCACCUUCGAUCUCGUGUCUCUUUUAUUGCAUUCCCUGAUUGUCGUCAAACGAUGAAAUCUCUGCGUCUCUUGCUCGAGUUUGAAUUUAUAGUUUUAUUGUACACUAUAUGAGAAUCUUGGUUUCAUCUUGUACAACACAUUUUGAUACCUUAUCUGUUGUUUGUCACUGUUUAAAGAACAUCUGUGUUAGUUUGAGAGUUACAGUUUGACUUGCAAAAGUUGUGUGUUG